UCAUUUAUGCUGCAAAGUGAAAGAGAGCAGAGGCAUAACAUCAGUUGAGAAGGGCGCUGUGACUGCAGAAAGUACUCUCUUCUUCAGCAGUAGCCUAUCAAUGAUCAUUUCUCAUGUUUCUUCUACUGUUCGGUAGGGAAACGGCCAAUCCAUGAUGCUAAUCACUGGAGUGGAGUGGCCAUGAUGGCCAAGUUUAAAACUAAGGAGCAAACUUUGAACAAGUCGGAAUUGUAAUACGGUUUCAUUCGUCCUGGGCGCAGCCAACAUUUGCAAUGGCACACUUUAGCAGUUAUAUUCCCAUUGGGACAUUCCUUCUCAUUGCCUGCUUUGGAAUGUCGAAUUGUUACUUUACCGUUCCUCUGAAAAUUUUCACGGGAAAGUUUAAUUCUUCAAUGGAUUUGGACUUGACUCCUCUUCAACUAAAGCAAACCUCUGGAAACGAAUUGGCUUUGGCAUCUGAUCCGAAUGGAAUCGUCAACUUUUUGGACAUGGUCAACAAUUUGCAAGGGGAUUCUGGAAGAGGCUAUUACAUGGAGAUGUCAAUCGGGACUCCCGGUCAGAAGCUGAACAUCCUGGUAGACACAGGGAGUAGCAACUUUGCCGUGGCGGCCUCAGCCCAUCCCUUCAUCACACACUUCUUCGACACGACACUUUCUAGCACGUACCAGACCGCAGGCAGGACGGUGUCUGUGAGGUACACCCAGGGAAACUGGGAGGGGGAGCUGGGCAUCGAUCGGGUUUCCAUCCCCAAGGGCCCCAACGGCACCUUGAGCAUCAACAUCGCCGCCAUCCUGUCCUCUGAAGGGUUCUUCCUCCCCGGGGUCAAUUGGCAAGGCAUUCUGGGACUGGCUUACCCCUUGCUGGCACGGCCCGAUUCGUCCGUGGAGCCUUUCUUCAACUCGGUGGUGCGACAGACGGGCAUUCCAGAUGUCUUCUCGCUCCAGAUGUGUGGAGCUGGACUGUCGGCCAGCAGCUCCGCCGACCCCGUGGGGGGCAGUCUUGUCAUGGGAGGUGUUGAACCAACUCUGUACCAGGGGGCAGUGUGGUACACCCCCAUUAGACAAGAGUGGUAUUACCAGGUGGAAGUGUUGAAGCUGGAGGUGGGCGACCAGAACUUAAACCUGGACUGCAGAGAGUACAACAUGGAUAAAGCCAUAGUCGAUAGUGGAACCACUCUGCUGCGACUGCCUGUCAACGUGUUCGAUGCCGUGGUGGAAGCCAUUUCCACCAGCUCUCUGAUCCAGGAUUUCUCCUCGGGGUUCUGGUUGGGCACGAAGCUGGCCUGCUGGAUGAAGGGAGAGACCCCCUGGAGGUUCUUCCCCAAGCUGUCCCUCUACCUGAGGGCCACCAACACCAGCCAGUCCUUCCGCAUCACUAUCCUCCCCCAGCUGUACAUUCAGCCAAUCACAGACGUCGACGGCACGCUGGACUGCUUCCGAUUCGGCGUGUCGUCUUCGGCCAACGGCCUCGUCAUCGGAGCCACCGUCAUGGAGGGCUUCUACGUGGUUUUGGACCGCGCCCAGAAGAGGGUGGGCUUCGCGCUCAGCACCUGUGCAGUGAAUGGAGGGGUGGCUGUGUCCGAGAUUUCCGGACCCUUCUCAGCGGAGGACGUGGCGGCGGACUGUGCCGCCGGAGGCCUGCUGAAGGAGCCCUUCUUCUGGGUGAUCUCCUACGCUCUCAUGGCCGUGUGCGGCCUGGUCCUCCUGCUCCUGCUGCUCCUCCUCGUGCUGCCCUGCCGGCGAAGCGACCGUCCGGGGGAGAUCACCGACGAGUCCUCACUGGUCCGACAUCGCAUCAAGUGACUGAGACGAAACCUGGGGGGUGGCGAGUCGGGGGGGACACCGCCCGGGCACUCUGCGGCGCCGUCGUCGGAGGGGGCGAUGGGCUCGCACUGACCGAUGAGAUGAUUCACUGGAUAUUUUUGGGACGGGACUGUUGGCUGGGAUUGGUCAGCUGGCGGUACUUCCUGGUUUGACGAGUAAAGACAAGAGACUAGAUGCAUAUUUAUUCCCCUUGUGCCCCAUCAAAACCACAACCACCUUAAUCUGUGUUUAGAGGACAAUACAGGAAAGAAAGAUAGGAAUAGUUAAGUAACUCUGAAGUACAUGCCUUCCCUGUUGAAGUCUGUGUUGAGGAGCUGAAUAUCUUGCUGUACAAAGGCCAAAUCCCUGUUUCGUGACGGUCCCCUCCAAUGUCCUAGCUAUGUAUUAUAUAGGAAAUAUGUGUGUGAGAUCUUCUGUUCAAGUGCACUUUGUUUUUCUAAUACUGAUCACAACAUUCAAAUUCACAAAGAUCUCAAUCACUCAGUGUGUAGAAGGAUGGAGUAUUUUGAAGGAAGACAAUUUGUUUGUUAAUUAUGUUGUGUACAAUUACUAAUAUAUAUACAUACUGUUGUUUAAAUUCAUUCAUGUUUGAUUGCACGCUACUACCCCAAUACCCUGAUAAUGUACGACACUUAAAGGUUGUUUGUAAGGACACAUAUUUAUAUUUUAGUAUUUUUAUUGAAAAUCAUUGAAUAUGUUUGUUAGCUAUUACAAGCCAAAGUCCGUAAUGGUCAAUCAAAGAUGUACUGUUAUUUACUGUGUCUAAAACAACGUUGUUACAGGUACAGAAUGCUUUGCCAUGUUCAUCUGGUUUAUUUUUGUGUGUUUAUAUGUGCUGAAUUUGUGAUCUGUACAUACGUAAUUAUAUGAACCUGAUUAAACAUAA